AUGGGCCUGGGCCACUCCAAGACUCACCCUCGAGUGAUCAAAGUCACACCUUUACAAAGCCAAGAAGCGAAGACACCCUCAACUUGCCCUGUGUUCUUUGCAUUGAAUCGGAACCUGGAAGAAAAAAGUUCAUACUCAUUCACGAGACUGCAGGAGCAAAAUCAAACUCUAGAACAGCUACCACCUCUUCGAGAAACCUGGUACGGAAGACUCCCUGCAGUAUCCAGGGCCGUGUAUCUAGACAUCCCACUGAAACAUGAAGAAACGAGUAUUAUCAAAAGGCAUCCACCCCGAAGAAUUCAAAAGCUUGAACCCAUUGACCUGCCGCAAGCAAUUUCCUCUGAAAGGCUUCUGUGCCAGCAAAAAGCCAGUACAAAGCCCAGUCCAAAGCAGGAAAAUGAGAAAAUUCAACUUCCCCUGGUCACUUCUGGGAAAAGACAGUAUUUACAUAAGAUGAAAAUGCUGGAGAUAAACCAUAAAAGACAAGAGGCCCAGAUGGAGUUGAGGAGGAGUCUUCUGAGUAAAGCGAUGCGUGAUAUGCAAAAGCUGAAGGAUCACGAUGGCAAUAAAAUCACCCAGAGCAAGGCAAGGAGCGACGGCUAUGAGGUUCUCAUCAUACCGCCUGAUGAAAACCUAUACGGAGACCCAGACCUAGGUGAGCCAUUUUAUGCCCAGGAUGAAGAAUUCUUGGACUAUCUCACAGAGGAUGACUAUUUUGUCCGGAACACUGGCAAAGUGGAAACAUGGCUCCGAGCACAAGAAGCCCAGGGGCGGUUUUUCUGGAACAGUUCCAGCUCUGACUCUGGUGAGCUCGAGAAAGAGGAGAGGAGAUCACAAACACUGGUGAGGACCAAGACAGAGAAGAUCCCUCUUUAUGAUGACUUUUACGACAGUGCAUAA